UUGAUCACCUAGAUGCAUCCCCGGCCGCGCCCUUGCGAGUCAAUUCCUAAGUAUACCCGCUGAGGGGAAGCGAAACUUGUGGUAUAAAUGAAGCAUUGGCCGCCCGGUGUUCUCCAAAAGUCAACCAUCUUCCAUUCUCAGAUCACUUCCACACCAUACCGCAACAAUGGCUUCCCAAGAUGAGAUCCCUAUUCUGCACUACUUCGAUCUCGGCAGACUAGGCCGCGGGGAAGUUGUACGCCUUUUCCUGAGAGACGCGGAGAUGGAGUUCAAGGACAUCCGCUACCCAUACAAGGGCACCGGGGGCCCGUGGCAAGCUUCUACUGGCGAUUUGGCUCGCGAUGGUGCGACUCGCACCAAAAAGCUACCUGCUUUUGAAUACGGCGGCCUCAUUUUGACUCAGCAUAUCCCCAUCCUGCGCUUUCUUUCCCGGGACCUUGGCCGUUAUGACGGAGAGACGAGCAAAGAGAAAUAUCUCGUGGAUGCCAUCGCUGAUAUGUACAUUGAUUGGAGAUUCCAAUGGGUGAUCCAACUCGACAAGAUCACGGAUGCGUACAAGAACGAAUAUGUGCCCAAGUACUACGCCCUUCUUGAGAAGUACUAUUCCGAGACCGAUGGUCCUUACCUUCUCGGCGACAAGAUCACCUACGCCGACUUUGCGGUUUACCAGUCCAUUGACAAUGACGAAAGGAUCAAGACGCUUCCAGCCAAACUUCCUCCUUCUCUUCAGAAGUUCAGAGAGACAUUUGAGGCGCGACCAAACAUCGCUGCGUACAUUCGGGAGAACGCCGCGAACUAGUACGCGUAAAUGAAGUGCUUGCCAAAUUGCAAGUCGUUGUCGAUAGCUAGGUGGAGACAUGGGAAUGGACCGAAUAUCAAAUUCAUUAGUUCGGUUUAGUUGCGAUGACAUCUGCUGUAAAACUUUGAGUGUGUCCAAAAUACCGACAUUCAACCUGCCUUCAAUAUUAAAAGAAAAACAUCUGUGGAAAGAAACGGGAGGAAUCAGGUAAAAGUUUUUCGUGAUUGGGAAUGAUUUUUGAGAUCAUAAUAUUCCUGAAAAUUGUAGUUCGACAAAUACAUAAAAUUCAC